UGUCAUAAUAAUUAAAAAAGAAGAAUAAAGUAAUUCUCCUUAUUUCAGUUGCCGUCCCGUACCCCCACUUAGUUUCAUGUUAUGUUUCUCGAUACAUUGUGCUAGAAAGAGAUACCGCAAACCAGUCGAAGAGAUCUUGUCGUCAGUGGUGGCGGAGUGAGGGCUCACUCUAUGUUAAUAUAUACCUCUAUGGAACUACUUCAUGGGCAAUCAAAUCAUAACCUCACAAAUAUAGCUUUUGUUUUUAUACGUAUUUUCUGCGGUUUGUGAUUUUUCAACUGUUUUUCUUGGAUUUUUUUGCGUUUUUGAGCUCAUUUCAUGAUGAAACUUAAAAUCGCCGAAUAUAUGGCCUAUUUGCAAUGUUCUGCGCACUCUAAAUGUGUAGUUGAAGGUGAGAAUGUUUUAGAUGCGGGGCAUUUAAUAUUAGCUGGGAAAACUGUCCAGCAUUUGAACAAAAUAUUUAUUUAUGGUCUAUGUAUCCAAUCCAGUGCUAUUAACCAAAAUCCCCAUGAGAUCAAGGGUGAAUUAAUGACCAUUAAGGGCAAUGUUUUAAAGAUAAAUGCAAUGCAUUGUUCCUGUAAAGCUGGCAAUAGUGGACGAUGCAAACACAUUUCAGCAUUUUUAGUUAAAUGUGUAAGAGAAGAUAUUGAAAGUCUGGAGGAAAUUUCCCAAACAGAUAUUAAAUGUGUUUGGUCAAAUGAAAAGAAAAACACAAAAGCUAAAUACAAACCUGUUUCAGUUGAGGAAAUGCCAUGUUAUGAACAGAAGUGCACAAGAGAGAGAACAUCUGUGGAUAAUGCAGAUGUAUUAAACAUUUAUCGUAAGCAGCUUCCAAAUUGUUCAUUUGCACAACAUAGGCAAGGGAGAAGAGAUUACUCUACUACUGAAACCUAUGCUGUGGAGGAGAAUCCGAUUGUACAUAGUAUAAACAGUGAAUCUUCAGAAAUUCUAAAUAAUGCCUGCCAAUCCCCUGCAAUGAUGGAACUAUUUUCUGCCAAAGUUGGGUCCCAGAAGAAAUGCUGUGACACAUUUUUAUCCACAUUUAUAAACCAAAAUGUUAGUGAAAUAUCAAUAAAUAUGUCUCAAAGAUCUGAACAGUGGAACGACUUCAGAAAAUAUAGAAUUACUGGUAGUCAUGUUUAUGAAAUAUUCACAUACUCCAAAAACGAUUGGGAUACCAAAGCGAUAAAAUAUUUUUUUCCCAAGAAAUUUAGUAAUAAAUUUGUACGGUAUGGAAUAGAAACUGAAGGUUGUGCCAGAGAGGCUUUUAUUGAGCUUACUGGGGCCAACAUUAUUGACUGUGGCAUGGUUGUCUCUCAUUCAAAUGAAUGGUUGGGUUAUUCACCUGACGGAAUAAUUUUUGAAAAUGGAAAACCUGCUGUUCUGUUAGAAAUCAAAUGCUUAUAUGAAGGAAAAACUGCAAGCAUUUUAGAUGUCCUUAAAAAUAUAAAAUAUAUUUAUAAGGAAGGCACCGAAUAUAAGUUAAAGACAAAACACAAAUAUUAUGGUCAAAUUCAGUGUGGCAUGGCUUUACUCAACUUAAAUAAAACAGCCUUUGUCAUAUUUUGCAGCUACGACAGAUCAUUAUGUGUUAUUAAUGUUGAAUUUGAUUAUAAGUAUACUGUGAACAUGCUCAGGGUUGUAAAAGAGAAAUAUUUUAAUAAAAUGAUUCAUGUACUGUGUGAGAAGCAAAAAAAUACAGAAGAAGAAUCUGUCAAAAACUCAGAGAAAGAAAAUAUUGUCAACAAUUAAGUUACUCAGUUCACUAGUCAAUAAAAAUACCCCUCUCUCUCUCUCCUAUGGCGCUACAGCCCAAGUUGGGCCGGCCGUGGCCUCCCCCCACAUCUGCCUCAAAGUCCUGACUGCUCUCAUCCAGUUUGUUGUCCACACUCAAUAUCUCUUUAGCAUCGUUUCUCACUUCGUCUAUUUACCUCUUCCUACUGUCCAUUGUCCCACCAUGGCUCCGCUAAGCUUUCUACUUACAGUAGGAAAAAUGAAAGAAUACCCAUGAACGAACAUAUAAAACACGCUGUAUUUUCCUGUCACUGUGUCACACAAAAGAUUGGCCAGUGCAAGUAUAUGUAAUAAUUAUUAUUACAUGUACUUUGUGACACAGUGACAGGAAAAUACAGCGUGUUUUAUAUGUUCGUUCAUGGGUAUUUUUUCAUUUUUCUGACUGUACCUGGUCUUAUAAAGUGACAUGCCAAGAAAAGUCUUUGUAUUUUUACAUAUGUAAUUUGUUAUAGAGGAUUCUUUAUAAUGUUAGUACAACUCAUGGUUGAACCUUAUUCUCCAUAUACCAUUGUCACAAAUAGGUCCCUAUAUUGUCCUUAAUAUCUUUCUCUUAAAAGAAUUAACGUUUUUUCUAUCAUGAUCCAUGUUUCCAUACCAUAUGUUGCUAUUGGCUGUAUGAUGGCUUUGAAUAAAAAUACCAUAGUUAGUAAAAUAUUUAUUUUUAAUAUAGUUAUACAAAAAUAAUAAUUCUUUAUAAUUAUUGACUAUUUUAGAUAGCCUUAAUAUCUUUCACUUAAAAGAAUUAAUGUAUUUUCUUUCAUGAUCCAUGUUUCCAUACCAUAUGUUGCUAUUGACUGUAUGAUGGCUUUGAAUACAAAUACCAUAGUUAGUAAAAUAUUUAUUAUACAAAAAUAAUAAUUCUUUAUAAUUAUUGACUAUUUUAGAUAGCCUUAAUAUCUUUCACUUAAAAGAAUUAACAUAUUUUCUUUUAUGGUCCAUGUUUCCAUACCAUGUGUUGCUAUUGACUGUAUGAUGGCUUUGAAUAAAAAUACCAUAGUUAGUAAAAUAUUUAUUUUUAAUACAGUUAUACAAAAAUAAUAAUUCUUUAUAAUUAUUGACUAUUUUAGAUAGCCAUUAUUACCCCUCUUCAUAAGGGUGGUGAAAAAUCCCUUAUAUACAAGUAACUGAAGUAUUUUUAUCUAUAUUUGGGUGUCAUAUGCAGCAACAUAAACUAUUAGUUCAUAAGGUUGUAUUAUGCAACUUUCAAUAAUUUAAAUUUAGCAAUAGAUUGGUUUUGGUUUAUUACAUUAUCUUUUAUUUUGUAUAUAAUAUUGACGAUUUAUGUAAUUUCAGUAAAUUGUAUUUGCUAUUGUUUUUUCUCUAACUCUUUGUAAGCUUUGUCCAUAAAAUUAUAAAAUUUUCAGUGUCAAAGGAUAUAGUUGUUCCAUUUUAUCUUUGCCCAAACGUCAUGAUUCAUUUUCAAACAAUUUAAAUCAAAACAUUAAGGCCCGGUCUUUUCACCUCCAAAUAAAAGUUAUUCGGAGGUUUAUUUGACAGAUUUACAUGUAAUCUGCCGGAUAAACUUCCUAAUAAAUAGUUGUUCGGAGGUGGAAAGACCGGGGGUAAGUGAAACAUAUUAUGUUUAUGUGAAAUAUCAUAGAUACAUACUGUCAAUGUAAUAAUUAGAAAAUGGCUAUUAUCGUUGGACGUAUUUUAUAAAAUUAUAUUGUACAUUUUUAUAUUUAACUAAUUUAAUCCAUUUAACACAACUAAUGUGCUAGUGUCACUAUCACUGAAAAUGAUAAACGUCAAAAGUCAUAGAAAAAAAAAAGAGUGUGUACUUUGUAUGCACCUAAGAAAUUAUACUUCUAUUAUUAUCAUUUCAAUGGAAUAAAUAUAUUUUAAACAGUUUAA